AAAAUACUACAAUGACUUUAAAUUAUUCUUCCUUGACGGUUAAAUUGAAAAGGGUUAGAGAACCAAUCUAAAUUAUCUGGCUAAUCUGGCUAACAUUUAUGCAGACCAAAGAUGACAAAACCCAGAAUUCUCCAAGUUUUGAUUAAUCUAGUUGUAUUAGAUUUACUAGCUCUCAUAUCACUUGUGGUGUACUGGCGCCUGUUAAGAGGAAAAUUAAUUGAACCGAGGAUUUGCUUCUCGGAAAAGGAUCUGAACUCGAUACAUAAAAACUACGAUUCGCUUAAACGCCUGUUUGACGAGGAAGUUAAGAGUAAAGACACUGAUCAAUAUUGUGUGAAGAUUUCCGAUAUACUUUCAAACUAUAUAAACAAGACAAUUACAGACAGAUAUGACAGCAAUAUAAAUCCAGAAUAUAGUGCUCUUGAUCUUGGAGUGGUUAACUGUUUUGUAAACAAUGAAGAAGCUGAUCAGUUACACCUCAGACAGAUUUCAUCACAUUCAAAGCCUGUUCCUGGAAGGAAAACAAAGGUGUAUUGGGGAUCUGAAGUAUACUCAGGAAAUAAAGUUUCACAUGCAGCAAACGAUGGCGAAAUUCACAUCAAGAGGACCGGAAAAUAUUUUAUUUCAUUGAUGAUGACAACAAGGUUUGAAAACAGUACGGAACUAAAUGAAAACAUUGAUCAAACAGUAAGUCAUGUUGUCAACUGUGUGUCUAAUAAAAACGGAUCAUUGAUAACUUUACUUGAGCAUGUGGAGUCUGUGUGUGAAAUGUCAGUUGAACAUGCUGAUAGAACAAGUAAUAUAGGAGCAGUGUUCCAUCUGGAAGAGCAUGAUAGAAUCUUUGCCGCCACGUCAGACCCGUACAAUAUUGUUGUUGGCCGACAAAGCAAUCACAUAAGUAUUCACAGAGUAUAGCUCUUGCAAUGAAUUAUGAAAUAUUGUUAGACCUUUUUGCAUGAUCUUAUUACUUUCAACAUAGAAUGGUAAUGUUAUAUUUCGUCAUAUCAAACGUGUAUAAAUGAACAUUCUUUUUACUAAUUGCAUAUUCAUUUAUGUGCCUAAACGGAAAAGUGACUAAAAACGAUGCUAUGUCAGAUUUAUGCGAUUUUGUCAAGAGUGUAAUCUCCUUAUAAAAGGCUAAAAUCAAUGCCGAAUCGCAAUUGCUGUUUAAAAGUAGAUAAUUCGUUAACAUUGAUCGUAAAUAAGUACAUUGGAGUGUUGUCACAGAAGAGGACAUUUUGUGGAUUUCAUAUGAGUCCAUCACCUUGAAUUAAAAAUUUUAUAUGUAGGUAUGUUUCGUAAUUGAAUGAGUACAAUUCAAACAAUAAACUACAAUAAACUACAAUAUUAAAGAUCAGCUGUCAUACAUAAAUGUCUAGAGUUUGAUUGUUUUGUAGCGCUGUCAAUGUUAACUUUACCAUUUUUU